CACGUGACAUUUCUUAUGUCAACCGAAUUUGAAUUUUAAAAGAGAAAUAAAAAUAUUGUGAAAUACACACUACGCCAAUAACCGACAUCCGCUAAGUAAGAGCAUGCGCCCUAUCGAAAUUGGUAGUGGAUACUUGUUGCCAACACACUUACAAAUAGUUAACAGCAACUGCCAACAACGUUAGCCACUAACAGUGGCAAGAGAGUGGCAAGAGAGCAGUGUAAAUAAAAUAACAUUACAGUAACAGAGCUUACACAUGAAACGGAAGUGCACAGGUUGGAGUUGCCAAUAUAAAUCAAAACAAAUUAAAUCCUAUAAGAAUAAUAAAGUAAAUAAAAUGGAAACUUCAUUCGCACGGCACAAUAUAGAAAAACGUCGUCUAAUAGAUUUGGUGCAUUUGAAUCCAAUAUUGUGGGAUUGUCGGCUGCCGCACUAUAAACGGUCCGAUAAGAAGAAGGCUAUUAAAUGGAAUGAACUUGGACGUGUUUUUAAUGUCAGUGGCGAAAGAGUGCAACGCACUUUCACAUCAUUGCGUGAAAUCUUUCGGCGAGAAUUAAACCAUGAAAAAUUGCUCGGGAGUCAUUUCAAAUCAAAGUGGGAAUAUUACGAUGCAAUGACAUUUCUGAAGGAAGUUAUACGUGAACGGAAAUCCCGUGAGCGUCCACGACAAGCAGACCUACAACAACACAGUAACAAUAGCAGUGCUAUAGAUGAGUAUCAAUAUUUUGCACCGAACGACCCAAAUAAUCCAAAUAAUCAACAUCAGCCAAAGCAAACACAAAAAAUGCAACAGACAAAUACACAAAAGGAAAAUGUCAAUACGAAUGAAACAAAUAUACAACUAUCAACAAAUACAAGUCAACCCGAUGUUGUACUCGGUGUAAACAACAACAAAUAUACAAAACGUACAUCAAAUGGUGGACCACCAUCUCCACAUACUAUAUCCACAAUACCCUCCUGUUCUUCAUCACCAUCAAUUUAUAUAAAAGAAGAAGAUGAUGACGAGGAAAAUAAUCUAAUUAUACAAACCCCACCACACCCGCAUAAUUCUAAUAAAAAUUCAACUCCCAUUGAAAAUGCAAAUAAUUUAACUAAUCAAGAAUUUCAUAAUCAAAAUUUUAGUAUGAAAUCCAAACAAAAUAAAAUUCAACAGCAAACAAUGUCGAACAAUUUGAUCAAUGAUAUUGAUAUCGAUGAUGACGAUCUUGUUGAUGACGAUGUGGAAAUGAUUGAUGAUCACCUAUCCAGUGCUAGCACGUUGCAGGUUCUUAAGCAUCAGCCAACAGCACGUGAAAUACUCUACACAAAAUUCGGUGAAUUCUUAUCUGCCAGACUGAAUACUCUGAACGAGACUGCUGCAAAUGAUUUAAUCAACAAGAUACUUCUAUUAAUCGCAGAAAAAUAAAAUUAUCCAAGUAAUAUUUCCUUUAGUCCAAAUUUUCGUUUUAGUUAUUAAGUCAACAAAACUCUUUAGACUUUCAAGCAGUGAUAUUCGAAUUUUUUAUCUUUUAGAGUUCAAAACUAUACUCAGAUCAAAGAAAAGUAAUUAUUACAUUUAGAUGUGUCUUUUUGU